GUCACUGACCUCAGUUCUUCCUGCAGGCAGGACUGACCCAUUGUUCUCCCUUCCAGGAACCUCCAAAGUGUGCAGCCUACUUGAAGGAUGUCUGCCCUCACUCCUGUGUUUCAGUAUAUUGAUGAAAACCAGGAUCGCUACAUUAAGAAACUUGCUGAAUGGGUAGCCAUCCAGAGUGUGUCUGCAUGGCCCGAGAAGAGAGGGGAGAUCAAAAGGAUGAUGGAGACUGCAGCUGGAGACAUCCAGAAGCUGGGGGGCUCUGUGGAGCUGAUGGACAUCGGGAAACAGAAGCUCCCUGAUGGCUCAGAGAUUCCACUCCCUCCCAUUUUGCUUGGCAAGCUGGGCAACGACCCCCAGAAGAAAACAGUGUGCAUUUAUGGGCACCUGGAUGUGCAGCCCGCGGCCCUGGAGGACGGCUGGGACAGCGAGCCCUUCACGCUGGUGGAGCGAGAUGGCAAGUUGUAUGGGAGAGGCUCAACUGAUGAUAAGGGGCCAGUGGCCGGCUGGAUGAAUGCCCUGGAAGCUUAUCAGAAGACCGGUCAGGAGGUUCCUGUCAACGUGCGGUUUUGCCUGGAAGGCAUGGAGGAAUCUGGCUCUGAAGGCCUGGACGAGCUGAUUUUUGCCCAGAAAGACACGUUCUUUAAAGAUGUGGACUACGUCUGCAUUUCUGACAAUUACUGGCUGGGGAAGAAGAAGCCCUGCGUCACCUAUGGCCUCCGGGGAAUCUGCUACUUUUUCAUUGAGGUGGAAUGCAGUGACAAGGACCUCCAUUCUGGGGUGUACGGCGGCUCGGUGCACGAGGCCAUGACGGAUCUCAUUUCCCUGAUGGGUUCCCUGAUAGAUAAGAAAGGGCAAAUCCUUAUCCCUGGCAUUAAUGAGGCCGUGGCCCCUGUGACGGAGGAGGAGUGUGCGCUGUAUGACCACAUUGACUUCGACAUGGAGGAGUUUGCCAAGGACGUGGGAGUCAGCACCCUCCUGCAUGGUUGCAAGAAAGACAUCCUGAUGCACCGAUGGCGGUUCCCCUCCCUCUCCCUCCACGGCAUUGAAGGUGCCUUCUCUGGGGCAGGGGCGAAGACCGUGAUUCCUAGGAAGGUGAUCGGCAAGUUUUCCAUCAGGCUCGUGCCAAACAUGACCCCGGAAGUUGUCAGUGAGCAGGUUACAAGCUACCUGACCAAGAAGUUUGCUGAACUACACAGUCCCAAUAAGUUCAAGGUGUACAUGGGCCACGGUGGGAAGCCCUGGGUGGCCGACUUCAAUCACCCGCAUUACGUGGCUGGGAGAAGAGCCCUGAAAGCAGUCUUUGGCGUUGAACCAGACUUGACCCGAGAAGGUGGCAGCAUUCCUGUGACCUUGACCUUUCAGGAAGCCACGGGCAAGAACGUCAUGCUGUUACCAGUGGGGUCAGCAGAUGAUGGCGCCCACUCCCAGAAUGAGAAGCUCAACAGGCAUAACUAUGUGGAAGGAACCAAGAUGCUGGCCGCGUACCUGUAUGAGGUGUCUCAGCUGCAGGACUGAGAAGUCUGCUCCCCGCAGAGGGCUGCACCUGACCAGAAGGAAUCCUACCCUCUCCCUCUUCUGGCUUUUUUGGGAAAGUGGAAGUUCCUCUCCCCUUCUUCCUUGAGCCAACUUCCAAGAAUGGACACCAGCAGGUCCAGCCGUCAGGUGGGUGGAGUUAGCUGUACCAGGCCACUGUUAAUGUUCCAGUGCUGGGGCUCAUUAAGGCCAGCUGACCGACCCUCUGAGCAGGUUCUCAGUGGUGGCAGUGUGACCUCAGCGUUAAAAAGGAUUCAGCAUUGCAGAACAGCAGCUCUGUUAGGGUGUGGUAGCCAUCACUGGAUUGGUGCCUGGAGCUGGUUGUCUCUGCCUUCUGGGUCAGGGGAUGACAGUGGGAUAUUCAGAAAGGGAGAAAAGUCGGGGGCUCUUGUGCCAUCACAGCCCCCAUUGUCACCCCUCGCUGUGCUCUGUUCUGUCCUUUCUCAAGACCUGCCCCAACAUUGCUGUCCCUUCUCUGUUACCACCCCUCGGGGCCUAGCCCACAGUUCCCAGUGGAAGGACUGUCCCCCCUUGGUCUGUGCUGCUGAAUAAAAGUGAACACUGACCCCUGAAA